UCGACGUCACUCUUUUCCUGUCCCGUGCUGCUCUGCCCCCACCGGCCGCCCCAAAACAAAACAAGAGACCAGAAAAAACCGUAUCCCCGGUCAGCGACGGGCGGCGCCAGCCGACGAGCCCGCAGCCAAACCCGCACCCAUCGCCCAAAACCCCCCCAAAACUUCGACCGCGACCGAGGAGGCCACCUCACCGCGACGACGCGGCCCCUAGUCCGUACGCGCUCACGCGCCGUGCGCCCCCCCUCCCCCCUAUUCGUUCGAACUAGCACAGCUGCAGCAGCAGCAGCAGCAGCAGGUCAGCGCCUCCUCCUCCGCCAGUCCGUCCGCCUCCCUCUGCUUCUCUCGGCCUUCGCUUCGUCGUUCAAGUCCGAUCGACCACGCGGCGGAAAUCCUGACGCCAGUGGAGUAAAACUCUUCACCCAACGGUCUGCGGUGACGUGUACUGGGGCGUGGGGUGCGGGGGUUCCGGAGGCUUCGAUGCAGAACCACGCGUACAGCCGGCUGGGGAGCUUCGGCGGCGGCAACGGGGCGUUGCCGUCCCCGCCGUCGUCCCCGCGGCGGGCGUGGGGAAGGAAGCCGUCUGCGAAAGGGGGGUCGGCGAGGGCGGCGACUGGGGCCGGCGCCGGUGCGGGGAGGGGAGGAGGCGGCGCGGUGCGUCGAGCGGCGCGGGUGGUGCUCGCGGCGCUGCUGCGGCGGCAGGCGGUCUUCCUCUUCGCUCCGCUGCUGUACGUGGCGGCGAUGCUGCUCUACAUGGGCUCCAUCUCUCUCGACAGCGUGCCCCGCAUCAUCUCGCGCCCGGCGCCCGGAUCGCUGUACCGCAGCCCGCAGCUGUACGCCCGCCUGCGCGCCGACAUGGACGCCGACAACGCCACCGACGCGCUAGCAACUGUAUGGCGACAUGCUUACAAAGGUGGUGUUUGGCGACCUUGCAUAAGAAAUAACACCUAUGAUUUGCCUGAACCAAAUGGCUACAUAUAUGUGGAGGCCAAUGGUGGUUUGAAUCAGCAAAGGACAUCAAUAUGCAAUGCAGUUGCAGUUGCUGGUUUUCUGAAUGCAACCCUUAUAAUCCCAAAUUUUCACUACCACAGCAUUUGGAGGGAUCCUAGCAAGUUUAGUGACAUUUAUGACGAGAAUCACUUUGUCCAACAUUUGAAGAAUGAUGUCCGAGUAGUUGACAAGGUGCCUGAGUUCAUAAUGGAGCGGUUUAGUCACAAUUUGAGUAAUGUGUUUAAUUUCAAGAUAAAGGCUUGGUCUCCUAUUCAAUACUACAAAGAUGUUGUUCUUCCUAAGUUGAUUGAAGAAAGGCUCAUAAGGAUAUCACCUUUUGCAAAUCGGCUGUCGUUUGAUGCUCCUCCUGCUGUUCAGCGACUUAGAUGUCUUGCUAACUUUGAAGCCUUGAAGUUUUCUAAACCAAUCACAACUUUAUCUGACACUUUGGUUUCUCGAAUGAGAGAAAAAAGUGCUGAAAACAAUGGCAAAUAUGUAGCUGUGCAUCUCCGUUUUGAAGAGGAUAUGGUUGCCUUCUCUUGUUGUGUAUUUGACGGUGGUGAUGAGGAGAAGAAGGAAUUGGAUGUAGCCAGGGAAAGAGGCUGGCGUGGAAAAUUUACCAGGCCUGGACGUGUAAUAAGGCCUGGAGCAAUAAGGAUGAACGGGAAAUGUCCCCUUACACCUUUGGAGGUUGGAUUAAUGCUUCGUGGAAUGGGUUUCAGCAAUAACACUUCAAUCUAUUUGGCUUCUGGAAGGAUAUAUAAAGCAGAGAAGAAUAUGGUUCCUCUCCUUGAAAUGUUCCCUCUCUUACAGACAAAAGAAACAUUGGCAUCAGAUGAAGAACUUGCCCCAUUCAAGAAUUUCUCCUCGAGGAUGGCAGCUAUUGACUACAGUGUUUGUGUUCACAGUGAGGUUUUCGUGACUACUCAAGGUGGAAAUUUUCCUCAUUUCCUUGUUGGUCAUAGAAGAUACAUGUAUGGUGGGCAUUCCAAGACAAUUAAGCCUGAUAAAAGAAGAUUGGCCAUACUCUUCGAUAGUCCACGUAUCGGAUGGAAAUCAUUAAAACGUCAAUUGCUCAAUAUGAGAUCACACAGCGAUGCCAAGGGUAUUGAAAUGAAAAGAGCAAAUGAAUCUAUAUACACAUUUCCAUGCCCUGACUGCAUGUGUCGUUCAAACAAAUCAGAGCAAUCUAAAUCCAUCCAGGCUAGAUAGCAUCUGUUUUGACUGGCUUCAUUGACCCUGAUUCUUUUUGGAAUCACAGUAUAGUGUGCUCAUUCUUUGCAUGCCGUCUGGUGGUGUUAUGUUCCAUAUCAAGCACCCCUAUUGCAGCGUUGCUCAUUCCAUUUUCCCUGGUUGACUUUUAUCAAAUACGGAAAAGCUUUGUGUGUUCUUUUAUCAAAUACGGAGUAUUAAAGAAGAGCAAGAAAGAGUUGCACGACAUGCAUUACAAUUGAUGCAAAUUGGACGCAAAAAUAUACAAUCGGCGCCCCGGGUUGAGAUUUGCAGACAUGCUCAGAUUAUUUCAUCUAAGCUAACUCUGUCUAACAAUACACUGGUCUUCGUCUACAACAGAUGUAUCCUUUAGUCUUAACCAUCUAUCUCUAUUCUCUAGGUCCAUAUUCCUUGACAAUGCAGUGUCAAUCUGCUCUGUGUAGUCAGUAGUCUGUAGUGGCAGUUCCCUUGUACAUUGCAAAGCUAGCAAGCAAUCGCAGAUCUUACUAUACAAAUUUUGAAGCAAAGACAGACAAUAUUCAUUUUGGUGUAAUGCAUUGAUGGUUUUAUCU